AACAUAGAACAAGGAAGAACAAAACUCAAAAACAUGUGGGGAUAAAAAAAGAUUUUCACUAUAAUUGAUCUGGGCCGUAGGAUGGGAGUUUAAUUGGAUGGUUGUGGUUAAAUGAUAGUACAUGUCUUAUCCAGAUCUGGAAAACGAAAUCUCAACCGUUAGUAUUAUAAUGGGAUCAAUGGCUAGGACAAAAAGCCCGCUCAAAUUGCAACUAAUAACAAAAUAGGAAGGUAACUUGUUUUUGGAAACUAACGAGAAAGGAAGGAGUUAGUUAAGGAGUAACACUAGUUGGUAAGGAAAGUACCUCUGUAUAACAAAGUAUCUUAGAGUGUAAAUAAAAAUAGGAAAAGUGUCCUAGAACGUAAAUCUUUCAAAAAAAAAAAGAGUUACUUGGGAAAUAUCCACUAAAAAAUCAUCAUUUUCUAAAUUAAUUUUGAAUUUAUAAAAGGAAGACAGUGAUGCAGGAGAAGACUUUCAAAAAUGCUCGCGCGAACUCUAUUCUCAAGUCAACCAUAAAAAAAACAACCUUUUCUAAUAAUACCCUCUCCGGCCACGAAGAAGACGAAAGGAGGUAAAAUGGCAAAGAAGCUCAAAGUCAACGAACUCCGUGCAAAGCUCGCCGAGCGUGGACUUGUUACCACCGGACUCAAACCCGUUCUGGUGGAGAGGCUUGAAGAGGCUAUCGCACAAGACGCAAAGACGGUAAAAUCGAAGAGCAGGAGGAAAAGAGACAGAGACUCUUCGGAUAGUACUCAUGACUCGAACAAGUUGAUUGCAAUCGGCGAGUUUCGUGCGAUGAAUGUGAAGGAGUUGCGGAAGGAAGCUAGCAAGAGAGGCUUAGCUACAACGGGUACCAAGAAGGAACUUCUCGAGAGGCUCUGCAAUGAUGAAGCUCAAGAUGACAAGAAUGGUCUCGAAGAAGAGAAAUCAACAAAGAAGGGAGCAGCGGUAUUGGAUCAAUGGAUUCCUGAUCACGUAAAGAGCGAGUACCAUGUCCUACAAAGGGGUGAUGAUGUUUAUGAUGCCAUGUUGAACCAGACAAAUGUCAGGGAUAAUAGUAACAAAUUCUUUGUCCUACAAGUGCUAGAGUCUGAUAACAGGAAAACAUAUAUGGUCCACUUCAGAUGGGGAAGAGUUGGUGUGAAAGGACAGAGUAAACUAGAUGGACCUUAUGACUCAUGUGAUCCUGCAAUGGAAAUAUUCAGCAACAAGUUCUAUGACAAGACAAGGAAUCAUUGGUCUGACAGAAAGGAGUUUGUCCUUCACCCCAAGUCCUAUGCAUGGCUUGAAGUGGACUAUGGCAAAGAAGAAAAUGAUUCAGUUGUAAAUGAUAUUCCCAAAUCAUCUUCUAAAGUUACACGUGAUGAAUCAAAACUAGAUCCCCAGGUUUCCAAGUUCAUGUCUCUUAUAUGCAGUGUAAGCAUGAUGGCACAGCAAAUGAUGGAACUAGGAUACAACGCUAAAGAAUUACCACUUGGGAAGCUAAGCAAGUCCAAUAUCAAAGGUAAAAAAUAUAUUAAAUGGUCUGGUUAUGAAGUGUUGCAGAGAAUAUCGGAGAUGAUUGAGCGGUAUGAUAGAGCAAGGCUUGAGGAACUGAGUGGAGAGUUCUAUACUGUGAUACCCCAUGAUUUUGGUUUCAAGAAAAUGUGUCAGUUUGUUAUAGACACUCCCCAAAAGUUGAAACAGAAAAUAGAAAUGGUUGAAGCAUUAGGUGAAAUCGAAUUCGCGACAAAGCUGUUGUCCAUCGAUCAGGGAUUGCAAGAUGAUCCUUUAUAUUAUCACUACCAGCAACUUAACUGUGAAUUGACACCAGUAGGAGCUGAUUCAGAAGAGUUUUCUAUGGUUGCCAAAUACAUGGAGAACACUCAUGCGAAAGCGGAUUCCGGAUACACCGUUGAAAUUAUUCAACUGUUUAGAGCUUCGAGAGCUGUUGAAGCUGAUAGAUUCCAACAAUUUUCAAGUUCGAAGAACAGGAUGCUACUGUGGCAUGGAUCACGUCUUACUAACUGGGUUGGUAUUUUAUCUCAAGGUCUUCGGAUAGCUCCUCGUGAAGCGCCUGUAACUGGUUACAGGUUCGGAAAAGGGGUUUACUUUGCCGAUAUGUUCUCCAAGAGUGCGAACUACUGCUAUGCUAACAGUGGUUCCAAUGAUGGCGUUCUGCUCCUCUGCGAGGUUGCUUUGGGAGACGUGAAUGAGCUUAUAUAUCCGGAUUAUGAGGCGGAUAAUUUGCCCCCGGGGAAGCUAAGCACAAAAGGUGUGGGGAAAACAGCACCAAACGGUUCAGAGGCUAAGACACUAGAAGAGGGUGUUGUUGUCCCACUUGGCAAACCAGAGGAUCAUUCAAGCACCAUGGGGAUGUUAUUGUACAACGAAUAUAUUGUCUACAACACGGAACAAAUCAAGAUGCGUUAUGUGAUCCAAGUCAAAUUCAACUACAAGUAAUGAUCAAGAACCAACCACUUCAUUUUUAAUCGACUUGUUUUUGUAUUGUGCGCUUUUAUCCCGCCUGAAUUCGGAUUUUACUUCAUUCGUUUCAAAAUAAUGAUUAUUUUUAGUUUUCACAUAUAUUAAAAAUAUAUAUUAAAUUUUAUUAUAAGUA